AUGGCGCCCUCAAAGGAACCCUCGUCCCCUGCCGCGGCUUACCUGGCCCUGUACAACGUCCUGUCAGCCACUCUGCGAAUCGUCAUCCUUCUCCGCACAAUCCAGCUGUGGUCUAGCGGUGGGAACGCGGCCGUUUGGGAUGAGCUUCACGUCUUCGCGCGAUGGACCGAGACGUGUACCGUCAUUGAAAUCAUCCAUGCCGCCAUCGGGCUGGUUAGGGCUUCGCCGGCCACAACCGCGCUGCAGGUUGCUGGCCGCAACACCAUCGUCUGGGCCAUCACCAGAAACUAUCCCGAUGUCGCUGCGCGAGAAUGGGCUUACGCUAACAUGCUGGUUACCUGGAAUGCGGCCGACGUAGUGAGGUACACGUAUUUCGCCGUUGAAAAGGGGACUGGGAGUGUGCCGAAUUCUCUCUUGUGGUUGAGAUAUAAUAUGUUCAUCAUUCUUUACCCAAUUGGCAUCCUUUCCGAAGCCUGGCUUGUCUACAAGGUCAUUGUCCCUUCGCAAGCCCGAAACCCAGUAUACCAAUAUCUCCUCUGGUUUGGACUGGCUAUUUAUAUUCCAGCGUUCUAUAUCCUCUAUGGACAUAUGCUUUCUCAACGGAAGAAAUCUAGCAAGAAGAGUAUUAAGAAAAGCGCAUAA